GUAGUUGGCGGGUGGUUGAGCAUAGCCGGUCGCCAUGUCCGCGGGGAGCGCGACACAUCCUGGAGCCAGCGGGCGCCGCAGCAAAUGGGACCAACCAGCUCCAGCCUCCCUUCUCUUCCUCCCACCGGCGGCCCCAGGUGGGGAGGUUACCAGCAGUGGGGGAAGUCCUGGGGGUACCACAGCUGCUCCCUCUGGAGCCUUAGAUGCUGCUGCUGCUGUGGCUGCCAAGAUCAAUGCCAUGCUCAUGGCCAAAGGGAAGCUGAAACCAACUCAGAAUGCUGCUGAGAAGCUUCAGGCCCCUGGAAAAGGCCUAACUAGCAGUAAAAGCAAGGAUGACCUGGUGGUAGCUGAAGUAGAGAUCAAUGAUGUGCCUCUCACAUGUAGGAACUUGCUGACUCGAGGACAAACUCAGGACGAGAUCAGCCGACUUAGUGGGGCUGCAGUGUCAACUCGAGGGAGGUUUAUGACUACUGAGGAGAAGGCCAAAGUGGGACCAGGGGAUCGUCCUUUAUAUCUUCAUGUUCAGGGCCAGACACGGGAAUUAGUGGACAGAGCUGUAAACCGAAUUAAAGAAAUUAUCACCAACGGGGUGGUGAAAGCUGCCACGGGGACAAGUCCUACUUUUAAUGGUGCAACAGUCACUGUCUAUCACCAACCAGCACCCAUUACACAGGUGUCUCCUGCUGUUAGCCAGAAGCCUCCCUUCCAGUCAGGGAUGCAUUAUGUUCAAGAUAAAUUGUUCGUGGGUCUAGAACAUGCUGUUCCCACUUUUAAUGUCAAAGAGAAAGUGGAAGGUCCAGGCUGCUCCUAUCUGCAGCACAUUCAGAUUGAAACGGGUGCCAAAGUCUUUCUACGAGGCAAGGGUUCAGGCUGCAUUGAGCCAGCAUCUGGCCGAGAAGCUUUUGAACCCAUGUAUAUUUACAUCAGUCAUCCCAAACCAGAAGGCCUUGCUGCUGCCAAGAAGCUCUGUGAGAAUCUCUUGCAAACAGUUCAUGCUGAAUAUUCUAGAUUUGUGAAUCAGAUUAAUACUGCUGUACCUUUACCAGGCUAUACACAACCCUCUGCUAUAAGUAGUGUCCCUCCUCAACCACCAUAUUAUCCAUCCAAUGGCUAUCAGUCUGGUUACCCUGUUGUUCCCCCUCCUCAGCAGCCAAUUCAGCCUCCCUAUGGAGUACCAAGCAUAGUGCCACCAGCUGUUUCAUUGGCACCUGGAGUCUUGCCAGCAUUACCUACUGGAGUCCCACCUGUGCCAACACAAUACCCGAUAACACAAGUGCAGCCUCCAGCUAGCACUGGACAGAGUCCGAUGAGUGGGCCUUUUAUUCCUGCUACUCCUGUCAAAACUGCCUUGCCUGCUGGCUCUCAGCCCCAGCCCCAGCCCCAGCCCCAGCCCCAGCCCCCACUCCCAACUCAACCCCAGGCACAGAAGAGGAGAUUCACAGAGGAGCUACCAGAUGAACGAGAAUCUGGACUUCUUGGAUACCAGCAUGGACCCAUUCAUAUGACUAAUUUAGGUACAGGCUUCUCCAGUCAGAAUGAGAUUGAAGGUGCAGGAUCGAAGCCGGCAAGUUCCUCAGGCAAAGAGCGAGAGAGGGACAGGCAGUUGAUGCCUCCACCAGCCUUUCCAGUGACUGGAAUUAAAUCAGAGUCUGAUGAAAGGAAUGGGUCUGGGACCUUAACAGGGAACCAUGAUUAUCCAGUUAAGAAGAUGAAAACAACAGAGAAAGGAUUUGGCUUGGUGGCUUAUGCUGCAGAUUCAUCUGACGAAGAGGACGAACAUGGGGGUCAUAAAAAUGCAAGUAGUUUUCCACAGGGCUGGAGUUUGGGAUAUCAAUACCCAUCGUCACAACCACGAGCUAAACAACAGAUGCCAUUCUGGAUGGCCCCAUAGGAAACAGUGGAACAG